GCACAAUCUCCAACGUCGGGCCAACUCUUGCUCAGCUUGUCUGAUAUCUCACGACCCCCUCCUCUCCGCAUCAUAUCAAUUGACCCCAGAAUACAUCCAUUUGGGAUUAUUCAUCAUGUCCGCCCCCUCUCUCAGCAGCUAUAUCGUCAAGCGCCCUUGGCUCAAGCGCUGGAUGAUGCCCAUUGCCAAUUGGUACACCGACGCCGCCGGCUACAGAAGACUCGGUUUGAAGGCUGAUGACCUGAUCCCCGAGGAGAGCGAGGUUGUCCAGACGGCCAUCAAGCGCCUUCCCCCUAAGGAGGCUUAUGACCGUGUCUUCCGUAUCCGCAGGGCUUUCCAGUGCUCCGUUUCCCACACCCUCCUCCCCGCCAAUGAGCAGACCAAGCCUUCUGAUGAUGUCGAAUACCUGAGCCCCAUCAUCCGCGAGAUCGAGAAGGAGCAGAAGGAGCGUGCGGAUCUCGACUCCCUCGUUGUCAAGCGCCGGUAAAUACCUUGCUCAGUUCUGCUGAUUAGGAAGAUUCAAACCCGCGCCAUGGUGAUAGAAAAGCAGGCUAUAGAUGAACACAGGCUUAUGUUUCGGUUCGGUUGCAGCGCUUAGUUGCGAUGAGCACUCGGCUGAAUUUAAUUGGUUUUGAUACGUCGUUCGAUCAUGUGUACUGAUAUUGUACAAAUUCAUUUGUCGUCAUUUUGUUGAUUGAAUA